GCUGGGUGGCUUCCUUGCUCCCCUUCCCUCGGAGGAGGCAGCAGCCGUCCGCCGCUGUCUCCCGCGGGGCUCCAACCUCCCGUCCGAGUCCCCCAAGCGCGGCGCCGGGAGGGUUAACGCGCGCGGGAGGGAGGGCAGGAGCGCGCACCGCCGCCGCCGCCGCCUCCUCCUCCUCCUCUCCCGCCGCUCCGCCGGGUCCUUCGCGCGGGGCGCUGCGUGUGCGGAGCCUCCCCGCUCGCCGCGGCUGCCCCGGGGAGCCCUCGCCCUGGUCAGCGAUGGAGACGCUGCCAUGACAACCCGUCGGUGGGCGCGCGCAGGAGGGACCGCGGAGCGGAGGCGCCCGGCGAGCGGGGCGAGAGGCGCGGGGAUGCCAGAAGUAGCAGCGGCAUCGGCGGCAUCGGCGGCAGCCUCCCGCCCGCCUCUCCCGCCCGCCCGCCUUCUGCCUUGAGCCGCCGGGGGGCGGCGGCGGCGGCGGCGGCGGCAGCCUUCCCAGCCGAGCCGGAGAAGCCCCGACGGCUGAAGACUGAGACGACCGAGAGCGGCGUCGGGGCUCCGGGGCUCCUUCGGCCGCUCGGCUUGGUCUGGCGAGCGAGCGAGCGCAAAGGGAGCAAGAGCCGCAACCGGACGCCUCCGUCUCCUUUGGCUCCGACGGGCGCUCCGCUGCCCUAAGCGCCCCGCGGCGGGGACUCUGCGCCUCGCCUCGCCCGCCUCUGCCUGCCUGCCUCCUCGGCGGCGGCGCAGAAAGUUUGGCGGCCGGAGCCUUGCAGCCACUUAGCCCGGCUUCGGAACCUGCACCGAGAAGGAGAGCCCGGAGCUUCCCGCUGCCCUGGGUCGGCCGGCCUCGCCAUCCGCGCCUCUCCGGGAGCCCCUCGAGCCGCUGCUGGGCGCCCCGCGUCUCCGGAGCUGGAUUUCUCCCGGGCGCCCCGCUGACCGUCCAUCCGCAGAAGCGCCUCGGGCUCCGCUUGCUCCCCCCUCGCUGUCACCGCUGCACCCUCUCACUCAGCCUCGCCCCCCCCCCGCUCCCGGCGCACUCUAUCUUAGCCUGGAGGGACGUCUCCGCAUCCCAGGAUGAGGGUCGUGGGGGGCUUGGUCCUGCCCUGGCGGUGCCUGGUGGUCGUGUGUCUCAGGCUGCUCUUCCUUGUGCCCGCAGGAGUGCCGGUGCGCAGCGGAGAAGCCACCUUCCCCAAGGCUAUGGACAACGUGACGGUCAAGCAAGGAGAGAGCGCCACCCUCAGGUGUACUGUGGAUGACCGGGUCACGCGAGUAGCUUGGCUGAACCGUAGCACUAUUCUUUAUGCUGGAAAUGAUAAGUGGUCGAUAGAUGACCGGGUGGUCAUUCUCACAAACACCAAAACUCAAUACAGUAUCAAGAUCCAUAAUGUGGACAUAUAUGAUGAAGGCCCCUAUACCUGCUCUGUACAGACAGACAAUCAUCCCAAAACAUCACGAGUCCAUCUUAUCGUCCAAGUUCCCCCCCAGAUUAUAAACAUCUCAUCAGACAUCACCAUCAAUGAAGGCAGCAGUGUCACACUCCUGUGCUUAGCCUUUGGGAGACCAGAACCGACAGUAACAUGGAAGCAUCUCUCCAGCAAAGGUCAGGGAUUUAUAAGUGAUGAUGAAUACUUGGAAAUUACGGGCAUCACGAGAGAACAAUCUGGUGAAUAUGAAUGCACAGCGGUUAAUGACGUGGCAGCGCCCGAUAUUCGGAGGGUGAAGGUCACCGUCAACUAUCCUCCAUCCAUCUCCAGUCCUAAGAAUACUGGUGUUUCAGUUGGUCAGAAAGGGAUCUUGCGUUGUGAGGCCUCAGCUGUCCCCGUAGCAGAAUUUCAGUGGUUUAAAGAAGAAACCAGGUUAGCUAAUGGGCUGGAUGGCUUGAAAAUUGAAAACAAAGGACGGAUGUCCACACUAACUUUCUUUAAUGUCUCAGAGAAGGACUAUGGCAAUUAUACUUGUGUGGCCAUCAACAAACUGGGAAACACCAAUGCCAGUAUAAUUCUGUAUGGCCCAGGAGCAGUACACGAUGGCAACAAUGCAGCUUCCAGAGCGAUGGCCUGCAUCUGGCUAUCGGGCACUCUCUUUGCUUAUUUCCUGCUCAAGUUUUGAUUAAAAAAAAAAGAAGUGAGGAUCCUUGCAAAUGCUGCCUGGUUUCUCCCACACCACAGACUCUUAACCAUCCACACUGCUGGGGGAACCGGAGAAAGGAAACCGGUCUACAGCUUGAUUUUAUUGCUGGGGAGGACCAUGGGAGGGAGGGGCAUCCUGAUUCCAGGCCAACCGCCCUUUUGGGAUCAAGUUCAUCACAAACAUUUCCCAAAGCCAAAUUAGUUUUUGCGUCCUUCCUCAACCAUUCCAUCCUCCCUAAACGCCCUGUGGGGGAGAAAAAAAUCACAACUUCUCCUUUCUACGACCAAAUGCUUCUGCACCAAGCCUGCCCAAAUAUCCCUGGAAGAAGAGAUGCCUUGGUCCAAGAGAUCCUGUCCAUCAAGCAAGUCAACAACACAUCCUCUUCCUUCCGUAUCUCCUUGACCAACGGGACUGCCCCCCUUUUUAAUGAUAACGCUGUAUAUAUCUGUUCAUGCUUCAAAGCGUCCACUCACGUUCUGGAUUCUCGCCUCCCCUUUGGUUGGGUGUUCUGAAGACCUUUGCUACCGUUGCAGUCUUUGCAAGCCUCCCCAGGAUGUGGGUUACAUGAGGGAUGGAAGUGGUGGUGGUGGACCAUGUUGCACUUUAAGAAGCAGACUAUGAGUUAGUCAACUGCUGGGAGUGUUGGAAGCUCCCCUCUCCUCUUCACUACUAAAAAAACCUGAAUCUGGAAUGAUGGAAUGGCAAGUCAAGCACAUCCCAUUUAUCAGCCUCAUCGGACCAUCGUUUUGCCCAUUCAUCCAUUCAUCCAUCCAAUUAUCCAUCCAUCUGCCUUCCCAGUCAUUUCUUUGCCAUAUUAAUCAAUUUAUCAAUGUAAUUAUCUGAUGAGCUUAUUUUUUUAAAUCCAAAUUGUUCCUCUUCAGUUCCCCAUCCAUUCUUCCAACAUCUAUCAGCCUGAUCACCUUCAUUGAGUCCUGCCAUUAGCUAGACAAAUUUUUAAUUCCUCAUUAUUCAACCCAUUAUUAGUUUUAAUGUGCCGCUGCAGUGUUUCGACCUUCUUUCCUGCAGACGGGAAGGCACAGAGAUGGUCCACAAAGAAUCAAAAUGAGUAAUAUAGAUGAAGAAAAGGCACAGUUAAAAAAAAAAAAUCAAAGAAUGGGCACAGACAAUGGAAUAAUAUUUUGGAAUAUGUUGGCAUCAGCAAUUGUGUCAAUCCAUAGAUUUUAAGCCUUUUGCAUUCUUUCCCAUAUCACCCCAACCAAACAUUUCCAUUGUCAAGCAUUGCCUUAAAACAAUUCAAUUUAAAGUGCUGAAUUUAAUGGGGAAAUAUUUGCCAUCCUUUCCAGUGCCCCCAGUUUUCUACUGCACAUAGACAUUCAAAGAGACUCAUUGUUUUUCAUUAUCCGGAAAUAGCAAUGGGAUUGCCUCUCCACCCGAACCUGGCCAAGGCGCCCCAGAAAAAAACAAAACAAAAAACAACUUUUGUGUUUGUUAUCUUACAAAUCCACCCUUGGAAGCUGUUGGAGGCCAAUUACUUUGCUAGUUUCUUCCAACAUUAGUUGUACAUUUCUUCGGAAACCUCUCUGGAACAGAAGGGUUUUGCACAGCAACUUAAGUUCUAAGCAUUUAAUUAACACAGAAGAAACAGGAGAAAAACAACAAAUCAGAGAUGGGAAGAAGCAAAGGAGGAAGAGAUCCAAAUGAUUUUGUGUGUGCCUCUUCGGUUUCUUCACUAGCCCUGCAGAGCAGCUAAAGAAUUGUUCAGGUCACUGUUUUGUAAAAGCAUCAUGGAUGGUUCCUGAAAAUUCUCCCCGGCUCUUCUUUCUGGAUGAUCCAAGGUUCAAAUUGCUUCUGUCUGCACAAAAAAAAGUCCUAAACCUUGUAGGAAAGGAUUUUACUUCCUACAAGGAAAGAAAAAAAAUGCUGUUUUUGUUUGUAUUGGUGAUGGGAUAUUUGUGGAUGUCUGGAAUAAAUAAGAAUUUUAAAAAACCUACUAACAUUACCGACCAUUGUUAGACAGAAAUAUCAACCAAUAGGUAGUUCUAAUCUAUAGAGUGUUAAGAAGAAUGCUGACAUGACUCAUUUCAAAUCAAGACCCUGAUCAAGUUUGGACAGCUGGGAUGAGUGAAGUCAUCUGCACAAAGAUGACCAUGGAGGGGAGCCAAGUUCCCAAAUGUCUACUUUGUACCCUUUCUUUGGUAAAGGCUCUUUCUUAGCUGGAAACCAAGGUGGGGAAAUAAUUCAUUGUUCCUGAUGUUAUGUUUUUCUCUUGGGGAACGUUCUCGGUAGGUGAAUGGUUCCAAGACUCUCUUCUUCAGCCACACCCUGAAAAGCAGUAAGGACGUAUGGCAGCCACUGUACUGAGCUGCUGUCACCUGUGUCUUGGCAACCCCAAAAUGACCUUGUGAGUGACUGGUUCAAAUUCUCAAUGGGUCUACAUGAAUAAGUAAAGAGAAUGUGCCGUUCAAAGUGUUUAGCUUAUUGCUACAUGUACAACACAAUUCAAAGAUCCUGAUGUUUACUUAAAGAAAAUAUUUGGGUGGUAUAUUCAUAUUUAAAACAUGAGAAGGGUGAGGGCCUGGUUUUUAGAUGAGGGAUGAAAACUUUAUUAUUAUUGAAUGUACAGACAUUGUCAUCCCAUAACUUAUUUUACUAUCCAUAGUGGCACGUUUCUUCAGAUUUCAAGAAAAGAAGUCAUCAGACUUGGGAUUGGUUUCUUUGGUAGUGGGGACAGAGAGGGAAAUAUAAAAAGCUGGAGAAUAUAGCUUUCACAACAAUGUCAUUCUCUUGUCCAUGUUGGUCGAUACUUUCUUUCCCAUAUAUGAUGCCAGUGAUAUAGCACAACUUGCCCUGUUCAACUCUGAAGCUAUUUGUAUACUGAAAUAGCCUUUGAAAGCUUAUGCCACAAUUUGUCCUUAAAGUGUCAUAAGAUGCUGUGUUGUUUUCAUGUGAUCAUGGUGUCAUGAAGAGCCUCGGUGCCAUAAAGCUUUUUUGGAGUCUGAUUUAAUCUCAACUCAAAAGUCUAUUUAAUGCAAAAAAGAUUUUUGUCCCUGCAGAUACUGCUGAGCUAUAUUUGGCCAAAGACUUGCUUCUUCGCCCUAGAGUUAAAAAUAGACAGCUAGAUACCUAUCAAUGCUCAGAAAGAUGAUGGCUUUUCCUUCAAUCUUAGAGAAUUUGGAAAAAUAUGCAUUUGGACUUUAGUUGAUCCUAAAGUCCAACAACAGAUUUUUGGCUCAUUGUACAGAAAUACUGUGACCCAGCAUAUACACAGAGCAACAAACAGUAACUUGCUCACAUUUGUGUUGGAAGCACCUAAAGCGCUUCCAGAGUGAAAGGAUUAGCUGAUGAUAUCACCAUUGCCUGGAGAUGGCCAGUUGGGGGGCUGCUUUCAUGUCCCCAUUAAUGUGCCUACCAAAGUAGUACCUAUCUUAUCACUACACACUUUCAAGUUGCUAGGUUGGCAGGAGCUGGAGCGGAUGAUGGGAGCUCACCCCGCCAUGCAACAUCACUGGGGGCUCAAACACAGGCUUGCUGAUUGUCCACCUAGUGUCCUAACCAUGUGAGUCACCACACUCAAAUUAACUCCUAGUCAAGUAAAAUCAACUCUUGGUUUGACUUAACCACAAACUUGUAGGACUGUCCCUGGAUCAAACUAAAGGGCCUAUUUUUUUAUAAACAGGUCAUCAUGCCUUUAUCCACUCAAAGUAUCUAUAGGGCGUCAAAGGGGGUUCCACAGAAACUGAUAAGAUCAGCAAAGCAAAGGAAUUUAAGUUGUUUAAAAUCAUGCCUAGAAAAUAUUUCUGGGUAUAAUGUGUAUCAGAGUUAUUCUGCAAUCAGCGCUAGACAACUCUGCUUUGGCAAUUCCAUUCCAGCAGCAUUGUGUUUUUCUACAUGUCUCCCCUUGUCUUAGAAGAUCAAACCAGCUCCAUGGGAAGGAACUAAACUGAGUGGAAGGAAAGUGAAGAACACUCUAGCUGUAAGUGAUUCUCUUGGAAAUUUUCUGCAAUGGGGGAACGAACUACUCUUCCUGAAUUAAGUGCACUAAUAUUCUGGUGACACACCACAUGCUAAGUUUGCUGAAGAAUGAUUCAAGUUAAGUGCCUGAUGUGUUCAAAUAUUUUCCACAUGCCUCUAUAAGAAUGCUUUGGGGUUUAUGAGAAAUGCAUCACAGUUCCAAGGUGAAAACUUCAAGUAUCUCUUCCACCGACUAUGAGAGUGUCAAGGCCACAGUGGGCCUCAAUCUGUUUCCAGGAGGACUUGUAUGAAGCUAUCAUAUAUAAAGGCUGAUUGGUAAAUCACAGCCUUUGGUUUCAAGUAGGCCAUAGUUAUAGGUGCUAAAGUUCCUUUGCUUCAAUAAGCCUGUUGUUGUUGUUAAUUGCGAAGUCGUGUCCGACCCAUCGCGACCCCAUGGACAACAUUCCUCCAGGUCUUCCUGUCCUCUACCAUCUUCUGGAGUCCAUUUAAAUUCACACCUACUGCUUCAG